AUGAAGUGGAAAACAGCACCGUAUUUUGAUUGCCGCGGUAUAGCUUUGGCUUUUGGAAGUGAAUACAAUACUUUUCCCUCCAGUCUGGCUGGCCUCAUGAAUGACAAAGCAACGGGACAAUGUAAGCGUUAUGGUUUCGUUGAUUUUAAAGAAGCUGAAGACGCUCAGCGGGCUGUCGAGGGACUGAACCAAGAAGGAAAAGUUCAAGCCCAGAUGGCAAAGGCACUCAGUCCAAACAACCAUCAAAAUCUCAUCGUGUUUCAGCAACAGGAGCAGGAUCCGACAAACCUGUACCUCGCAAAUUUGCCACCAGACUUUACCGAAACCGACUUACAAAAGCUACUAGAAGGCUACGGCUCUACAAUAAGUACUAGAGUUUUAAAGAAUGGUGACGGCUCGAGCAGAUGUGUUGGCUUUGCACGCAUGGAUAAUGAAGAACUGUGCGCCAAAAUUAUCAAAGAUUUAAACGGAAAAAAAGUGAUCCGUGGUUGUGACAUGCCACUUAUGGUAAAGUAUGCGGAUAGUAACAAAAAACUGAAGGCACGACAAAGUGCAUCAGGAAUGUACGGCAGUCUUACGCAGCUCGAGCUCAGUCCACCUUGUUACACGGCACAACCAUAUGAACAUCUCAGUGGACAGUAUAUCAGAAGCAACCCGAACCUUCAGUAUCUUCUGCCGCCGUCACCUUACGUCUACAAUGCGCAUCCGCAGUAUUCUAUGCAAGGUUUAUCGAUUCAUGGUGCCAGUGCGGCCUUACUGCAACCGCCGUCCGAUCUUUCGAGUGUGGCACCUGGUACAAGUAUGGCAACCAGCCAGUUGCCUACUGGUACGGCGAUUCCGCAAGUUCCCGUGCAUCCAGCUUAUGCAGCGUUCCCGUUCUACCAGUGGACCUAUGGUGCUGCUACUGAUCCAAGUAUGAUUGGUGCAGUGGUUACAUCGACGACACCACUGCAAGCGUACAUCCCGGAUUUGGCGAUGCAUACGGAUGCCUCAUCUGCUGCUGUUGCAAUGGCUGCAGUAUCAAAUCCAGCAGCAGCAACAAGCCAGGUCGUUUAUAGCACACAGCCACCGCCACUGCCACCGAUAAUGCAGAACUCGAUGCCUUCGGGAAUUGUUACGGUAUCUCAGUAG